AUGUUCUUAAAUCCUGCUCUUGUGUUUCUGCAUCAGCUGUUUGAGGAGAUAGGAGCUCAUCUGGACGGACGCGCUGCUCCCGUCAGCGGCACCCUGAACAAAUGCAUUUUACUAGCGCUGCUCAUCGCCAUCAGCAUGGGCUUCGGACAUUUCUACGGCACAGUCCAGAUUCUGGAGAGGCAGAGGAUCGUGGAAAAGAGUCGCAUGAAUGAGCUGGAAGCGCCGUGUAAGAGAGAGCUGGACGUUGUAAGUCAGGAAGCGGUUGAGAAUCUCAGGGAAGACCUAGAGGAAAAGCAAGACAUGGUGAUGUCCCUCAUGAACGUCAUGGAUAAGAUAACUAAAGAAAACCAGCAUCUCAGAGUCAAACAGGAAGAGUUACAGGCCCAAAGGCAAGAUUUAUACGUGCAACUGACGCAAACCAAAAGCCAAAUGGAGUCUCUGCAGAACGACCUGACCACGGAGAACCAGCACCUUAAAGUCACUCUGGAGCGAGAAGAGGCGUCUCUGUCGGCUCUGCAGGAGGAGCUGCGGUCCCUGCGGGGACAGAUACGAGAGCUGGAGGAGCGAGGGGCCGGGGCCGACUCCAUCAUGUCCGAGAACCAGCGACUGAAGGGCCACUUACAGGAGGAGAAACAGAAAGUGCACAGCUUCAUGAGCCACAGAGAAGCGCUGAUGGCCGAAGCCCAGGAGCUGCGGAUGGAGCUCGAUAAAGAGCGCAAGGUGACCGACAAGCUCAAGGAGGAGCUGGAGGAAAUGAGGAAAGAGGACGUCGAAGGCAAGAUGGAUCCCGAGACAGAAGAACUACAGGCGCGACUUCAGGAGCUCGAGAACAAGCUGAAGUUCGAGCAGCAGCGCUCCGAUCUUUGGGAGAGACUGUACGUGGAAUCGAAGGAGGAGAGAGCGAAGGGCGACCGGGAUGUGAAGACCAAGAUUCCCAAAGACGGGAUGCUGGGAAAAGUGACGGAAACCUUAGACGCUGUGAAGAACUCCUCUAAGGAGUUUGUGCACCAUCACAAGGAGCAGAUCAAGAAAGCCAAAGAGGCGGUGAAGGAAAACCUCCGGAAGUUUUCCGACUCUGUUAAAACGACGUUCAGGCAUUUUAAAGACUCGGCUUCGAGGGUCUUCAAUCAUCAAAAGAGAUUUCACGACGCCAAACCCGAGCAUCACUCGUUCCAGCAGGAGCAAAGAAACAAGCGUGCCGAAGACUGGCAGCCGCAGAAACCUUUACACCGACAUCCUCGCAAAUCAACCAGCGACUCCGUUCACGCCGAUCGCAACACGCGCAAACCCAGCGCUCGGAGACAGAAAACGCCGCCCAAAGGCUGUUCUGGAGUGUUCGACUGCGCCUAUCAGGAGUCCAUGAGUCUGUUCAACAAGGCCAUGGAUCCCAUCCACGCAGACGAGUUUAACGAGCUCCUGCGUAGCUAUUUGCAGAAAGAAGUGGGGCAUUUCCACCACUGGAGGGAGCUGGAGAGCUUCAUCGAUAACUUCUUCUAUAACGGCGUCUUCAUUCACGACCAGAUGCUGUUUACGGACUUCGUCAGCGGCGUUGAGGAUUACCUCGAGGAAAUAGACGAAUAUCACAGCCUCAGCGACGACGUGUUUGAGGAUCUGGACGACUACAUUUAUCGCCACAUAUUUGGAGAUGCGUAUUUAAAAUACUUUGGGCCGAGCCGACCCUUCGAAGGGCCGGGGUCGAAGGUCAAGGUGUGGCGUCAGUGCCAGCGGCAGCCUCGUCCUCAGAAAGCCAAGAAAUGGAGCCGAUCAGGACGCGACCCCAACCGACAGUUCGCAGAUGUCAAAAUAGAGCUGGGUCCCAUGCCCUUCGAUCCCAAAUAUUAGAAAAAACAUUUCAGUUCUUCUCAAUAUUGCUCAAUAUUUGUUUAGUCUUGGAGAAGGUUCAAGAAAGCUUUGGGUUCACCUUUUCUGUGAAUUUUUUUUUUUUUUGCAGAGUGUAAAUGUUUGAAUGCUGGUUGAAUGAUUUCGAGUGCGUUUCUCUUUCUGGACUUUUAAGCAGCUUAGAAUUAAUCACAGGUAUUUUUGAGGCACAUUUAUGUUCCCAUUCCCUGAAAAAGUAUUGGAAAUGAUUAUAACAAAUGGAUUACUAACCAAAAAGGCACUUUGUUUUGUUGCGUUUUAAUGAAUUAUUAAUGCUUUCUAAACAAACAAAACUAGAUCAGAACAAAAAUGUGUGUUUAAUUUUGCUUAGGACCAAAUAACCAAUACAAUACAUUAUAUUGAAAUCAUUUUCAUCUCAAAAGUUCAGUAGAGUUGGAAGGAUAAUGAAAACUGCUCUUAAUUAUAAAGUUCACUUUGAAGUAAUCUGGUUUCUGCCGUAUGUCACUGGUUUUAUUUGAACAUGCAAAUCAGUAGAAGAUAUUAAGAUUUAGUUUUAAUCUGCACUUCUUAGUGCACUAUUUUCUCCUCUUUUUCUUGUCUGUGUGGUUUUCGGCUAAAUUACAUUCCUUGUUUGGAAAUGGCUGUAAUGCAAUUGCACACAAAUGCACUUACGCUGCUUAAUGUUGCACUUAAAACUUUAGAAUAAAAGUCUUUCACUGCUUCA